GUGCAGUUUUCAGUGGCAAUGGAGCUCGUGAUCGGGUGCGUCGGCAAGCCCUCGGCGGGCAAGUCGACGUUCUUCAACGCGGUCACGGACGGGAAGGCCAAGGUCGGCAACUUUCCCUUCACGACCAUCGAGCCCAACGAAGGGAUCACGUACUACAUGACCGAGUGCCCGUGCAAGGCGCGCGGCAAGACAUCCUUGUGCGCGCCCAAGUAUGGCCAAUGCGUCGACGGCACGCGCCACAUCCCCGUCAAGCUCCUCGACGUGGCCGGCCUGAUUCCGGGUGCGUCUGAAGGCGCGGGCCUCGGCAACAAGUUUCUCGACGAUCUCCGUCAUGCGCACGUCCUCAUGCACAUUGUCGACGUGAGUGGCACGACCAACGAGAAGGGCGAGACAACGAUCGGGUACAACCCGCUCCACGACGCCGACUGGCUCACGUCCGAGAUUCACAACUGGAUCUACAACAACCUCUGGAAGCGCUGGCCGUCGAUCGCGCGGCGCCAUGGCGCGACGCAGGCUGCUCUCCGGACGACGUUCCAGCAGCAGCUCUCGGGCUACGGCGCGUCGGCGUCGACGGUCGUCGCCGUUCUCAACGCGCUUGGUGAGAUGGCCAAAGAGCCCUGCAACCUUACGGCGUGGGGCGAGCCCCAAGUGCACGCACUCGUGGACGCCUUUCUCGCGAUUCGGUUCCCGACGAUCCUCGUGCUCAACAAGGCCGAUGUCGGCGCCGAGACGGACAAGAACAUUGCCAAUGUGGCAGAAAAGUACGGCAGUGACAAGUGCUUUGUCGCGAGCGCGGCCUCCGAGUGCUUCUUACGCAACCUCCAUGCCAAGGGCAUCAUCAAGUACGAGGUUGGCGACAUGUUCUUCUCGACGCACGACGACGACGCGAGCUUGAAAGUGCCCGAGCCCAAGAUGGCCAAGCGCCUCGAGCAUGUACUGGACAUGGUGCUCUUCCGCCACGGCAGCACCGGCGUCCGUAAUGCGAUCAACGCCGCCGUCGACUUGGCCAACAUGAUCGUUGUCUACCCCGUCAAGUCGCUCAAGAACUUUACGACGACCGAGGGUGAUGUGUUUGGCCACGCCGUGCUCGUCAAGAAGGGCGCGACCGUGCGCGAGAUCGCCCAUGUCGUGUCGGCGACCGUCGCCGCCAACUUUGCGUACGCCGAAGGCGAGGACGGGCGGCGGCUCCCCGAAGACGAGCCGAUUACGUCGCCGACACUCAUCAUCAAGUUCACGACGCAUGCCUCCAAGGAAGGCUCGGGACCGCCGCCACCGCCGACGGACGAGAAGAAGCCCAAGAAGGACAAGGCCAAGGGAGCGUCGACCGACACGGCGGCCGAGGCGUCGCUCGUAUAAGCAACGACGUGUUGGUGCCCUACCCCUCGGGUUGUCGU